GUAGUCACAACCGAAAUGGUAGCACUUACAACGACAACACUAAAGCAAAGCGAAAACACCUGUGCUGCAACGACAUCACAAAAUGCGACAGUGGCAACGUUAGUUAGAUAUGAUCAAAUAAAAAAUAUUUAUCAAUUUGUGUAA